AUGCCGAACGAUGACCGAUUCACCGAUACAAUUUCACGCAACACUUCCGUGCAAUCCGCUAUUGAACGUUUUGAUCAGCGUAAACCGAUGAUUAUGCAGAGCCGCCCUUCCCGAUCCGGCUCCUCGAAGUCGUCUCCAGAAAGCACAACAUCCACGCCAAUGAAAUACAGCUUGGAUCCGAAGAUCUAUCCGGCCCCACCAGUGCCAUUGCCGAGGAAAACGUCGUCACCUCCCAUGACUUCCGAAAUGGCAGCAUCCGAAAAGCAGCCAAUCCGUAAUGAUAGGGCUAGGUCAAACCCUCCCAACCCGGACGUGGUUCGCCCUGCUCGUGAUGAUGUAAUUUUUCACCCAAUGAGGGCGCUAAGCCAACCGGGUUUUCGACCAAAUCACUUUGGUGCGGGGAUAACUGGCGUCUACAAGCAGACCCUGAACGCUUCGAUUGACGGUUCUGAAGACGACGGCUACGGCGACGAGCUAGAUAUGUCGCCACCGCGAAAGGAACCUGAUGUCUUGGAAGAGGAUGCAAAACAAAUUUCUCCUACUCCGCAACUUCCUCCCAUACCCACGUAUACUGGUCAGGUGGGUAUUUCAAAUGUGUUAUUACCACAGUCUAUUACCAGAUUAUUCUAUUAA